UCUGUAGCUAUAAGCACUAUAUUUAUCUAGGUAGUAACAUGCAGAAGUACCAGAAAAAGUAGCGUCCGACUGCGAGCUGUGGCCUGUCAACUGAGUAGUAUGACUUUGACAUUCUUUGCGAGAGACAAACGCCAAGAAAAAAGAAAAAAUCCCCACGUACCCCGAGAACAUCACGAGCCGCAUCCUAGACAUUGAUAUCUGAUGUCGUUGGAGACUUGCAUAUGCAUCUCGAUGGUGUUGUGGCACCAAAAUCUUGCAUUGUAGGCGAGCAAACAACCUAAGCCUUGCUUCGAAGCACAAACGAACCCCAUCAUCAACAACACCACACUCCCUGCCACGCCACUCACUCAUCCACUUUCGAAUACCAACAAGAUGGCAGCGCCACCCGGAAUGAUCGAUCCAUCCAUCUUCGAGGGUCUGCAGGCCAAGGUCGACGAAGACACGGCCGUCCGCGAUGAGCUGAAGGACAUUAUCCAAGCGCUCGAGAAGAACAACCGCAACAUCUCGUUCGUGCAGUCGAGGGCGCACUCGACGCCCGUUGCUCAACUUGCGUCCAUCAUCCAGGCCUCGGAAGACCCUAUCAAGAAUGCGAUCGAGAGCAUCUCCAGGCUUGCUGGCGUGGCGUCGAAGCAGCCGUACUACAAGUUCAACUUUAUGUGGACGCGCCAAGUGCAGGACGCGAUCUACAGUGUGCUGCUAUGGGCCUGGUUGGGCGGCAAGGACUUUGGUGAUGGCAAAAUCAAGUGCGGGCGUCUUUUGACUAUUGAGGAGCUGGGCGAGGUGCUCAAUGUCCCCGUCAAUCUCAAGGAUCAGGACGAAUUCCACAUCACCAUCGAAGAAUAUCUUCUCGCGCUAGUCUCGCUCGUCGAAGAGCUGACGCGUCUGGCGCGCAAUGCCGUCACGCUCGGCGACUACGAACGCCCGGUGUUGAUCAACCAGUUCGUCAAGGACGUGUUUGCGGGCUUCCAGAUUCUCAACCUCAAGAACGACGUGCUCCGCCGUCGCGGCGACGGACUCAAGUACCGCGUCAAAGAUGUCGAAGACGUGGUCUAUGACCUUUCGCUGCGCAAUCUGCUGCCAAAGAAGGAGCAAGAGUGA